CAUACCUCAAAUUUCAACCCCUUGUUUUACCUUCUGUAUCAACUUCAAUAGUGAGAAUAAGAAGAUUUAAGAAGUGGGGUGGUCUUAUUCUUUGCUUGUUGGUUUGGAUUUCUCGAAAAGUUCUCAGCUUUUAACAUGUGGAAGUCUAAGCUCAACUUCUAGGUGUUUACUCAGUUUUCUUAGUCAUCCCUUGCAUUUUCUCAACAGUUUUUCAUGAAUAUGAUUAUGGAAAAGAGAAGCUUUUCUGAGUUCAUGUCAGAGCUAGUAGCUCUGGUUGAUGAGGUUGCUUCAUUUGCUAUGAAUCCUGAAGUUGAGAUAGAUGCUUUUACCGAGUUUGCCAUGUUGGUUGAGAAAUUGGCACCAAUUUUCAGUGAUUUGAGUGACAAAAUCACAGUUAUAGAAAACAAGCCAUCCAUCAGAAAAUCUUUGGAAUCGAUUGAAACUUCGCUUAGCCGUGCUAAAGCUUUGAAAAAAAGUUCUAGCUUGAAAGACCCUAGCAAACAUAUUGAGGACACAACACAUGAUAUUGGUCGAUCACUAGGCCUAUUGCUCCUUGAAUUGUCCACAGAUUUUAGAGAAAAGGUUGGUACAUUGCAAAAACAGUUUAUGAAUGCAAGAUUUGGUGGGAACAUGAGCCUAUCUUCAAGUCCAGUAUCAUUAGAGUUUGCAAAUGAUGUGUAUGGUGGAGGGGAAAUAGAAGAGGAAAUAGUCAAUGUUACUAUAGAAGAUGUUGUAUUGCAACUUAAGAAUGGUAAUGAUGAAGAAUUUGCAGUUGCUCUUUGGAGACUAAAGGAGUUCAUCAGGGAUGAGAAGCUGGAAAGUUGUUUGGUUAAUGAGGAAGCUGUUGUUGCUGUUCUGUUAAAUAGACUGCGUUCGUGUAAGGCAGACAAUAGACUUAACAUCAUUCAAUUGUUACGAAAUAUGGCUUCGGGAAAUGAUGACACAAAGGAGAAGAUGGCAGAAACCGAGUUUUUAUCAGCAGUGGUGAAGUCUCUAACAAGAGAUGCAGAAGAGAGGAGGGAAGCAGUGGGACUGCUGCUAGAACUCUCUGAUCUUCCUGCAGUUCGACGGCAAAUUGGAAGAAUUCAGGGGUGCAUUGUAAUGUUAGUCUCUAUCCUUAAUGGAAGCGACCCCAUUGCUUCGCAAGGUGCAGCCAAGUUGUUGGAUAUGUUGUCCAGUAAUACUCAAAAUGCACUUCACAUGGCUGAGGCUGGUUACUUUAAGCCUCUAGUGCAGUAUUUGAAGAAAGGCUCUGACAUGAACAAGAUCCUUAUGGCAACAGCACUUUCUAGGUUGGUGCUAACAGAUCACAGCAAACUUUCCCUCGGCGAAGAUGGGGCAAUCGAGCCCCUUGUCAACAUGUUUCACACUGGCAAACUUGAGUCCAAGUUGUCUGCUCUAAAUGCCCUGCAAAAUCUUUCCAGUGUGACAGAAAAUGUGCAACUUCUAAUCAGGUCUGGGAUUGCAGGAUCAUUGCUGCAGCUUCUUUUUUCAGUAACAUCUGUGCUAAUGACUCUUAGGGAGCCAGCAUCUGCUAUUCUUGCAAGAAUUGCUCAGUCGGAAUCUAUUAUUGUUAAUCAGGAUGUUGCUCAGCAGAUGCUCUCACUCUUGAACCUUUCCAGCCCAAUAAUUCAAGGCCAUCUCUUGGAAGCUCUAAGUAGCAUCGCUGCGCAUCCUCGCGCAUCUAAAGUGAGAAGAAAAAUGAAAGAAAAAGGAGCACUUCAGCUAAUUUUGCCUUUUCUGAAGGAAACUAACACUACAACAAGAAGCAAGGCCCUUAAUUUGCUCUAUACUCUUUCCAAAGAUCUUACAGAUGAGUUGAGUGAACAUCUUGAUGAAGCUCAUCUUAUUCACAUUGUUAAUAUUGUCUCAUCAUCAUCAUCAGAUAGUGAAAAGGCUGCAGCUCUUGGCAUACUGAGUAAUCUUCCAGUUAGUGAUAAAAAGGUGACUGAUAUUCUGAAGAAAGCAAAUUUGUUGUCUAUUUUAAUAUCCAAUAUGGCUUCGAGCACUGGAAGUAACUCGCCUGUGACAAGAACCUUAGCUGAAAUUGUUGCUUGUGUUAUAGUUAGGUUCACAAAUCCUUCUGACAAGAAACUGCAGCUCUAUUCAGCUGAACAAGGGGUGAUUCCUUUGCUUGUGAAACUUCUCUCAAGUGGUUCAUCAAUUGCAAAAUUCAGAGCUGCGACCGCUUUGGCUCAGCUAUCACAAAAUUCUCUGUCCCUCAGGAGGAGUAGGAAGUCAAAGUGGUUUUGUGUAAAUCCAUCAGUAGAAGCAUAUUGUGAAGUGCAUGAUGGUUAUUGCUAUGUGAACUCCACAUUUUGUCUGGUCAAGGCUGGUGCUGUUCCGGCACUUAUCAAAAUACUUGAAGAUAAGGAGUGGGAAGCAGUUGAGGCUGCUUUGAUUGCCCUUUCAACUCUUUUGCAAGACGAAAUCUGUGAAGGCGGCAUCAAUUGGAUAGCCAAGAAUUCAGGUGUGCAAGCUAUUAUCAAAAUUUUAGAAGCAGGUGAUGUGAAGGUUCAAGAAAAAGCACUAUGGAUGUUGGACAGAAUAUUCAGGAUUGAAGAGCACAGAGUAAAAUAUGGAGAAUCAGCUCAGGUUUUUCUUAUUGAUUUGGCGCAGACGUGUGAUUCUCGAUUGAAGUCAACUGUUGCAAAAGUUUUGGCAGAGUUGGAGCUCCUGCAAGUUCAAUCAAGUUAUUUCUGAAAAGUGAGAUUAUGGGGAGUGGUUUUGUUUUUGCUUUCUAUUCAUUUAAAUUUUUUUGUUGUACAUUUUAUACUUAAUCUUGUUUUGAUAUGAAUCUCACAGUUCCAUAGUGUUGUAUAUGUAAUUAUAUAAGAAAGGGAAAUAAUAAAGCUUUUAUCUGCUAUUAUCAAGGUUGGUUAUCACUCUCUUAAA